CCUGCUCCAUGGACCAGCCUCAGUUUACUCGUGGACUGCUUGAUACACAGUAAAUCUAUUAUUGCAUUGAACUCUGCCUGACUCUGCAUCUUUUUUUCAACAUUUGAAGUUCCAACUCUCCUUGUUGAAUUACACAUAUUGAAAAUAUAUAUUGUUUAAGUCCUGAAAUUUCAACUGGCCUAUAGUAGAGAAGAGCCAUCAUGUUUUUGUGUGCAACAAUGUUCUCUACAUUAUUUCUGCUUCUCUGCCUGACAGAGCAUGUGUUCGCCAAAGACCCUUCAGAUGUGGAUUGUAUUGUGGUGCAUUUGCACUCUGUUCACUGUUCCUGGAAUACACAGUGGACUCCAGAGGUCAAUUACACCUUCUACAGCUGGUUCAUUAAUGAAGAACCCAGUGAGUGCAGCACCUAUUUGUCAGAGAACAGCACAGUCACUGGAUGUAUCCGGCCCUACAAGAAAUCCCAGAGGUUCGACACGUUUUACACAAAACUAAUACAUGACCAACACACUUUUCAGACGGUCCAUGAUCUUAAAAACAGAGUCAAGUUAAAUCCACCAACCAACCUGACUGUCCAGAAUGGAUCAGACUCUAACCUGUGGUACAACUGGAAUCAGACCUCCACAUCCUGUGUGGAGAGUGAGGUCCGCUACAGGGUCAACUGCGAGAAGUGGCAGACUUCUGAGGUCAGUAUUGGGAGGCAGAGUUUCUCCAUCAACUUGCCAUCUAGCAGUGGACAAUUGGAGCUGCAAGUGAGAAGCAGAGUUACGUACGAAUGUGGAAAGUCUUUAUUUUGGAGUGACUGGAGUGAGCCUGUGAUGUGGAGUUCCAACAGUCAAUCAAUCUUUAAUUGUAAAGCGCCAAGUCACAAGGUCAUCUUAAGGCACUUUACACCUAGAGCAGGUUCUAAACCGUACUCUUCAGGUUUAAUUUAAAGAGACCCAACAUUCCCACAUGAGCAAGCACUUGGCGACAGUGGCACAAAGUGGGAAAAACAGUGAAAUUCCCCAAACGUAGUGUCUCUGAACUAUCUCUUUAACCAAAUCACACACAUUGAGGCUAUUCAUCAUGUUUUGAUAACUAAUUUAAUAUUUUUUCACUUAUAUUCACUGAGCCUCCUCUGAAACUGUUUGGAGCCCCCAUGGGGAGGCCCACCUCCCACUUUGAAAACAUCUGUUCUAUAACAUUUGUCCUCUUUAUGUUGCUUAAAUACUGUAAAAAUCAUCUUUUGUGUUUGUCUUUGUCUUUGAGCGGACCACAGUUCAAAGUCAUAACCUCAGGGCGAGUUGGGAAAACAGAAGCAGAUAGUAAAAUGGAAAAUAUUUUAUGUUUCCAGCUUUUCCAGAGGUGCAUUUGAUGGUAGAGGAGUGCCCUCCAGGAAGCGUUGCUUAGGAGGAGGGUGGGCGGUUUAGUAGGCAGAGAGUCCCUGUAGAAGUGACCAGGCCAGGAAACAUGUGGAUGUAGCACAUUAACAUACAACCCCAUCAUCUCCCUAAACCCUCCUGAAUCCAUGCCAGCAUCAGAACACAAGCCUCCUACUUCUCAUCAACUGAAAAGCUACAUUCAUCAUGUAGAGGUCAGGUUUGAAUUUCAGUGAAAAACAUGAUCAUUAGACAUGGACUAGUGCAAAUUUAGGUGUUACGUUGCUUGUAUUUGCUGAACAAACUAUUAUGUACUCUAAAGUAGAUUUGGUGACUGACGCACUGUAUGGCUUUUCCCUCCCUUCCUGUUCAACAUGAUGUAACCAUUUGAGUUCAUCCAAACCUCAUCAGACAUCUUAUGAUAGAUGGUAAAACCUAACUCACUGAUAGAUUUGGGUCUAUAAAAUGAGUCCAGUUAAUGACUGGAAAAGUUAACAAAUUCACCCUCAUUGUAGCUGAGACAGCAGAUGGAGAACCUUAAAGGACAGGCUCACAGCUUUUCAAGUCACUUAAAACAACAGCCAGAAGCCCAAUUAAACAUUGAACACAGGUUUUAUUUUCUGUAAUGAUUCCUCCUGUUCAUACUGGCCAUUAGAAGAUCCCUUAAUAGUGCACUUACAAUGUAAGAAAUGGGGGACAAAAUCCACAAUCCUUCUGUGCAAAAAUGUAUCUAAAAGUUCACAUGGAGCUAAUAUGAAGCUCCAACCAUCCCACCAUGAGUCAAAUCAAGUAGUAACAUUUCUUUUAAUGGUACAGUCUUUUAGGUGCUAAAAUCCCAAUUAUUCUUUCUUUUAGUAUCACUUAUUUGACCUACA